AUGAAGCCCGGCCCUAGAGCCCCGCAGUGGGGACCCGGCGGCGGCUGUGAGGGCCUGGGCUCCAGGCUGAGCCAGGAGAGGAGGGGCAGGAAGAUGCAGCCACUGCCCUGUGCCCUGCUGGGCCUCCUGGCAGCGAUGACAACAGGGGCUCAAGCAGCUGCUUCCCCAGGAAGGACAAUGGAGCCAGCGCUGUUUGAGAGCCGCCUGCUGGAGACGGAGGAGGAGCACCUCCUGCUGGACCCCGGCCACGUGCUGAGGCUUCACUGCGAUGCCAACCACAGCCUGGGCGUCGCCUGGUACAAGGAGGCCAAGCAGCUCUUCCCAGGCGGGCGCGUCCGCAUCUGGCAGCGCACGCUGGAGAUCGCCGAGGUCGCCUAUGAGGACUCGGGGCUCUACGUGUGCCGGGCGCGGGACACUGGACAGAGUCUGCGCAACUUCACCAUCUCCAUUGUGGACUCGCUGGCCUCGGGGGAUGAUGAUGAAGACAGCGACGGGGACGGUUCCCUCGGUGAUUCAAACGAGGAGCCCACUUACCGCAGAGCCCCGUAUUGGACGCAGCCGCAGCGGAUGGAUAAGAAGCUGUACGCCGUCCCUGCGGGAAACACGGUCAAGUUCCGCUGCCCGGCGUCAGGGAGUCCCAACCCCAGCAUCCGCUGGCUAAAGAACGGGCGGGAGUUCCGGGGCGAGCACCGCAUCGGCGGCAUCCGGCUCCGGCCCCAGCACUGGAGCUUGGUCAUGGAGAGCGUGGUGCCCUCCGACCGGGGGAACUACACCUGCCUGGUGGAGAACCAGGCUGGCAGCAUCCGCUACAGCUACUUGCUGGACGUGUUAGAGAGGUCCCCGCACAGGCCCAUCCUGCAGGCCGGGCUGCCUGCCAACACCACAGCGGUGGUGGGCAGCGACGUGGAGUUCUUCUGCAAGGUGUACAGCGACGCCCAGCCCCACAUCCAGUGGCUCAGGCACAUCGAGGUGAACGGCAGCAGCUUCGGCCCCGACGGGGUGCCCUACGUCCAAGUGCUCAAGACAGCCGACAUUAACAGCUCGGAGGUGGAGGUGCUGUACCUGCACAACGUCUCCAGGGAGGAUGCUGGGGAAUACACCUGCCUGGCCGGGAACUCCAUCGGCCUGUCCUACCAGUCAGCCUGGCUCACCGUGCUGCCAGCAGAGGAGCUGGUGCGGGAGGUGGAGGCCCCCGAGACCAAGUACACCGACAUCAUCAUCUACACGUCGGGCUCCCUGGCCGUGGCCAUGGCCGCCGUCAUCGUGGUGCUGUGCCGGAUGCAGACCCAGGCGAGCAAACAGCCCCUGGAGCCCGUGGCCGUUCACAAGCUCUCCAAGUUCCCGCUCAUCAGACAGUUCUCCCUGGACUCAAGCUGCUCAGGAAAGUCCAGCACGUCCCUGAUGCGUGUCACCCGCCUCUCGUCCAGCUGCACCCCGAUGCUGGCCGGGGUCCUGGAGCUCGACUUGCCGCUGGACUCCACGUGGGAGUUCCCCCGAGACAAGCUGGUGCUGGGCAAGCCCCUGGGAGAAGGCUGCUUUGGCCAGGUGGUGCGAGCAGAGGCCUAUGGGCUGGACAGAGCCAGGCCAGACAGAGCUCUCACCGUGGCUGUGAAGAUGCUCAAAGACAAUGCCACAGACAAGGACCUGGCCGACCUGAUCUCCGAGAUGGAGAUGAUGAAACUGAUGGACAAGCACAAAAACAUCAUCAACCUGCUGGGAGUCUGCACGCAGGACGGGCCACUGUAUGUGCUGGUGGAAUUUGCCUCCAAGGGGAACCUGCGGGAGUUCCUGCGUGCCCGGCGCCCCCCCACACCUGACUACACCUUCGACGUCGGCACCAUGCCCGAGGAGCAGCUCUCCUUCAAGGACCUGGUCUCCUGCGGCUACCAGGUGGCCCGCGGCAUGGAGUACCUGGAGUCGAAGAGGUGCAUCCACAGGGACCUGGCCGCCCGCAACGUGCUGGUCACGGAGGAGAACGUGCUGAAAAUCGCUGACUUCGGCCUGGCCCGGGACGUCCACGACAUCGACUACUACAAAAAGACCAGCAAUGGCCGGCUGCCCGUGAAGUGGAUGGCGCCCGAAGCCCUAUUUGACAGAGUGUACACACACCAGAGCGAUGUGUGGUCCUUUGGGAUUCUGAUGUGGGAGAUCUUCACGCUGGGGGGCUCCCCGUACCCUGGGAUCCCGGUGGAAGAGCUCUUCAAGCUGCUGAAAGAAGGGCACCGCAUGGACAAGCCUUCCAACUGCACCCAUGAGCUGUACAUGCUGAUGAGGGAGUGCUGGCAUGCCGUCCCCUCCCAGCGCCCGACCUUCAAGCAGCUGGUGGAGGGGCUGGACAAGAUCCUGGCAGCUGUCUCAGAGGAGUACCUGGACCUGUCCGUGCCCUUCGAGCAGUACUCCCCCUCCUGCGAGGACAGCACCAGCACCUGCUCCUCCGACGACUCCGUCUUCACCCACGACCCCCUGCCCAUCACCCCCUGCCUCUUCUCCUACCACAGCGUGAGGACGUGA